AUGAACUGGUUCUGGGCAUGCCAAAUGGACGUGAUGCCCGGAUAUAUGUCCACACCUUGGACAACCAAGUUCUCGACGCCCGUCUGCAUCGGCGCCAUCGCCGUGAUCAUCGAAGCGCUGGGUAUUCUCACAGAAUUUACACAGCCUGUCUUCAUCGACUCUGUCUGUCACUCGCGCGGCUUGCAAUGGAUGUCUAGCGGACGUUCAACCUUCCCGCCGUACGGUAUAAGCGCCAACCACCACCAUGGAAUCGUGAUAGCAGGCAUAUAUACCACGACCAACUUUCCCGGUUUUCGCGCCCCGCUCUUUCCGAUCGAGCUCCUUCGUCACUAUGGAUUCCAGGUGGACCGGCAUUUACCUCUUGACACGGCAAAUCUCCGGGCCCGUCUUUCUGAACUGAUGGCGCUGGAUGCGUGGCUGUCGUAUUGUGGUCGUCAGUCGGAGAUAUGUGGUCAUAUCAAUCGCUAUGAUGAUAGUGUGCCGGCUAUGGGCGUGGGAGAUCUGCUAUAUACCAUGCCAACGUUGGUAGAACGGACGAUGAAUAGCUUUACGUAUGAGUUUACUGACUUGGAAAGCACUGCUAUUGAUGGUGGGAAGCAGCGUGUGCAGGAAAUUGCGGAGAAGCUUCUUGACACGCUUGGGUGGAAGGCUGAGUGUUUGUCGCCAGCCGAGAAGCUGUUUACUUUGGUUGCUAUGCUGCGAUCUGCGAAGAUGGGUCUCUGUAUUGCACAGGGGACUGAUACAUCCGCGUUGAGAGAUAUUUUGCUCAAUGAUGUACAGGUACAUCUUACUUAG